AAUAGCUUCAUGAACCUGGGGAGGCUAGCUGGACAGCUGAGAGAAGCCAUGUCUGCGGCAACGGGCAGGCCAAUGAUUCAGCCAGAGCCCUCCCUGUGCCUGGGAAGCCAGAGCCGAUGGCUUGGUCUCUUGCUUCUGUUCCUGUCUCUCACUGGCAUCACACGGACAGAGGUACAACCACCCCAGCAGCCAAAGCAUGAUCCCACUCUGCAAGCCCUGAGCGGGAAGGAGAGUUUCUUAAUCCUCACCGCACACAACCGACUGCGCAGCCAGGUCCACCCUCCUGCAGCCAACAUGCAGAGAAUGGACUGGAGCGAGAGCCUGGCUCAGCUAGCUGAAGCCAGGGCAGCCCUUUGUGGCACGUCAGCCACCCCAAACCUGGCAUCAACCCCAGGGCACACCCCACACGUGGGCUGGAAUGUGCAGCUACUGCCCAUGGGCUCAGCAUCCUUUGUCGAAGUGGUCAACCUCUGGUUUGCUGAAGGACUGCAGUACAGACAUGGGGAUGCUGAGUGUGCCCACAAUGCCACCUGUGCCCACUACACACAGCUUGUGUGGGCCACCUCCAGCCAGCUGGGCUGUGGGCGGCAGACAUGCUUCGUGGACCAGGAAGCCAUGGAAGCCUUUGUCUGCGCCUACUCCCCUGGAGGCAACUGGGAUAUAAACGGGAAGACAGUCACCCCUUACAAGAAAGGCACCUGGUGCUCCCUCUGCACAGCCAGGGUCUCGGGCUGCUUCAAGGCCUGGGAUCACGCAGGGGGGCUCUGUGAGGUUCCCAGGAACCCAUGCCGCAUGAGCUGCCAAAAUCUCGGACAUCUCAACAUUAGCACCUGUCGCUGUCACUGUCCCCCGGGCUACACAGGGAGGUACUGCCAAGGUGAGGACGCUGUGCCCCUUCAGGCUGCCCUGCAGGGUAAGCGUGAGGGAGAGUCGCCUCAGCAGGCAUACGCUGGUCCUGUGGUGUGUGCUGCCAAGGUGCGCUUUCCUUUCCACACCUGUGACCUGAGGAUUGACGGAGACUGCUUCGUGGUGUCUCCCGAGGCAGACACCUACUAUGGAGCCAAGAUGAAAUGUCAGGGAAAAGGUGGGGUGCUAGCCCAGAUCGAGAGCCAGAAAGUGCAAGACAUCCUCACCUUCUACCUGGGCCGCCUAGAGACCACCAACGAGGUGACUGACAGUGACUUUGAGACCAAGAAUUUCUGGAUUGGGCUCACCUACAAGGCAGCUAAGGACUCCUUCCGCUGGACUACUGGAGAACGCCAGUCCUUCACCAGUUUUGCCUUCGGGCAGCCUGACAACCAAGGGUUUGGGAACUGUGUGGAAAUGCAGGCAUCUGCUGCCUUCAACUGGAACGACCAACGUUGUAAAACUCGAAACCGUUAUAUCUGCCAGUUUGCUCAGAAGCACUAUUCCCGGUGGGAGCCAGGGCCCCGAGCCUGGCCAAUCAGCUCUCCUGCCUCUCGAGCCUGGCCAAUCAGCUCUCCUUCCAGUCCCUGA